AUUUAUUCAAAUGCAUCAGAAACAAUUCUGCACUUCAACUAGCAACAUUCAAACCUUAAAAUAUACCCCCAUUCUUUGUCAUCAUGAAAUUUCUAAGUGUUUGUGUUUUAAUUCUGCUGAUUGGUGCCACUCUAUGUGCAUCUGUUAUCCCUGAAGAGGAUACCAAAAAGACAGAAAAACGAGGUAUCUACGGAGGAUUCGGAUAUGGAGGCUAUGGUGGUGGAUUCGGACAUGGGUUCGGUGGGUACGGUCAUGGAUUUGGUUAUCCAUAUGGAGGUCAUGGUCACUUUCACGGACCCUACUACGGUCACGGAUAUGGAGGAUUCGGUCAUGGAUUUGGCGGAUAUGGAGGAUUCCAUCACUUCAGUGUUUGUAUAAUCAUUUUGCUUAUUGGCGGUGUUUUAUGCUCAACUGCUAUUUCGGAGGGUGAUAGCAAAAUAACGGAAAAAAGAGGAAACUAUGGAUUUGGGUACGGUGGAUAUGGAGGCCCAGCUUAUUAUGGUGGCUAUGGACAUGGAUACGGCCAUGGUUACGGGCAUGGGUACGGACAUGGGUACGGAUAUGGUCAUGGGUAUGGUCACCAUGGCUAUGGUCAUGGAUAUGGUUAUCAUAACUACCAUGGACCAUCAUACUAUGGUCACGGAUAUGGGGGCUACCCACAUGGAUUCGGAGGAUAUGGAGGAUACCAUCAUUAG